AUGCGUCUGAAUAAGCGAGAAUUACCCCCUAUUGCUCGUGACACUUCUUCAGCACAAUAUUCAUCUUUUGCACUGAAAAAUGGAGACAAAACACUCACAAUAUAUAGGUGCAAGAGCAAAAAGAAUGUCGUGAUUCUGAGCACGAUGCACAGUAACAUGUUUGUUGACGACAGCAUAAAGAAAAACCCGAACACUGUUACUUACUACAACAGUACAAAAUGUGGCAUUGAUGUCGCAGAUCAGAUGCUGAGGAAAUAUAGUACAAGUAGUGGAAGUCGCAGGUGGCCUGUACAUGUUUUUUACAACGUCCUUGACAUUGCUGCACUCAAUGCUUGGAUUAUAUUCAAAGAAUCCUUGGGCACCUCUAUUUCCCGUCGAGAAUUUAUUCUCGAAGCUAGAACUACAGAACAGUUGCCCCAAAACAUAAACACAAAAAAUUGUGCAAAAAGUUUCAAAGGACAAACAAAGACUGUUGUCAGCUGUGGUGCCAGAAACCAAUUGUGGUAA